AUCAUUAGUUUUCUGCCCCCAAAAACCCUUCCCAAGGUCAUAGUCAUCUUCAUUUCUCUUUCUCGCCUCCCCCAUUCUCUCUCAUCAGACUCCCCCGAUUGGCCGAUUCGAGCUCAAUCCAUGGCGGCUAUGGCCUCCUCUAUUACACCCAAAUACUCAAAACUCUUCCCACCAACACCAACCCCUCCACAAGUCUCUCUCCCCAUCCACCUCUCUCUUACCCAUAACCCAAAACCCAGAAUCCUAUCCUCGAAACUCUCCUCUUUCACUGACGCCUCCAUCACCUUUUUUCAUUCACUUGCACAACCCUCCAAACCCCACUGCAAAAGAUUGUCUUUGGUCACGGUCAAAGCCGCAAAGGGUAAGUUCGAGCGCAAGAAGCCCCACGUGAACAUCGGGACCAUCGGUCACGUAGACCAUGGCAAGACCACCCUUACCGCUGCCCUCACCAUGGCCCUGGCCUCCAUGGGCAACAGCGCGCCCAAGAAGUACGACGAGAUCGACGCUGCCCCAGAGGAACGCGCUCGCGGCAUCACCAUCAACACCGCCACCGUCGAAUACGAAACUGCCAAUCGACACUACGCCCACGUCGACUGCCCUGGCCACGCCGACUACGUCAAGAACAUGAUCACCGGCGCCGCCCAGAUGGAUGGCGCGAUCCUAGUCGUCUCCGGCGCCGAUGGACCGAUGCCGCAGACUAAGGAGCACGUCCUGCUGGCGAAGCAGGUGGGUGUACCGAACAUGGUGGUGUUUCUGAACAAGCAGGAUCAAGUCGACGACGAGGAACUCUUGCAGCUUGUGGAGUUGGAGGUGAGAGAGCUCCUGAGCUCCUUCGAGUUCCCGGGCGAUGAUGUACCCAUCGUCUCGGGCUCGGCUCUACUGGCAUUGGAGGCUCUAAUGGCGAACCCGAAGAUUACCCGAGGAGAGAACGAAUGGGUGGACAAGAUAUACGAACUCAUGGACGCCGUGGACGAUUACAUUCCCAUUCCGCAGAGGCAGACCGACUUGCCGUUCUUGUCAGCAGUGGAGGAUGUGUUCUCGAUCACGGGACGCGGUACGGUGGCCACGGGUCGGAUCGAGAGGGGCACGGUGAAGGUUGGGGAGAUAGUGGAAAUUGUUGGGCUUAGAGAGACUCGGACCACGACGGUUACGGGGGUCGAGAUGUUCCAGAAAACUCUAGACGUGGCGCUUGCUGGGGACAAUGUUGGGCUCUUGCUUAGGGGGAUUCAGAAGACCGAUAUCCAGAGAGGGAUGGUGAUUGCGAAGCCCGGGACGAUCACGCCGCACACGAAGUUCCGGGCUCUAGUUUAUGUGCUGAAGAAGGAGGAGGGUGGGAGGCACUCGCCGUUUUUCGCGGGGUACCGGCCUCAGUUUUACAUGAGGACUACGGAUGUGACUGGGAAGGUGACUGGUAUCGUGAACGAUAAGGAUGAGGAGUCGAAGAUGGUUAUGCCGGGAGACCGUAUUAAGAUGGUGGUGGAGCUUAUAAUGCCAGUGGCUUGUGAGCAAGGGAUGAGGUUUGCGAUUAGAGAAGGUGGCAAGACUGUCGGGGCUGGUGUCAUCCAGUCCAUUAUAGAAUGAGCGAGUUGAGUUCAACCUUAUUUUCUUCAUAUUUCGAAAAUGUGUUUACAGGAGAAAAGAUUAGGGAUUGGAUUAGAGAUGAGUUGAGAUGGUCUGUGAAUAUUAAAAUAAAAGUUGAAUUAUUUAUUAUAUUUUAUGUGAAAAUUUGAAAAAGUUGUAAUAAUGAGAUGAAUUGAGAUGGAUUGAGGUGAGUUUUGAAUUUAAACGAGAAGUGCCAUUGUGCAAAAUAAGCUUUUAACGUAAAGCUUUUUUAAGAAAUUUAGCAGAAGUUAU